GACAGCCUUCAGCGGACCAUACCACUAUUACGAUACAAUUAGGGAUAUCAUCUAAUUUAUUUGAUGAUUAAAUGAUGUACCUUUCUUGGCAACAAAUUAUAUUAUUUUAAUUCUUACGUUAACGAAAUGGGCAAGAAAUGACACGCAGGAUGUUUUGGAUAAGCCUACAUUGACAUAAUGGGACAUGCCCAGUGGACUGAUCAUGUGACAUUUUCCAUGUCGCCAUUUUCUACCGUUACGCCACUGUUUCUGUGAAGAGGUGGAUUCUUCGACUGUCGUCCUUGUGCUGCAUGAAAGGGCCUUGCAAUUGACAGUGUUGAGAAUCGACAGAAACAUUUACGUUUAAAAGAAAGGAAAUACACGGUUGCGCGCUUUCACUGUCAGUAGCUUUUCCUGUAAGAAUGUCGUCAGAAAGUCCCGAAUACUCCCCGUUCUUCGCAGUGAUGGGAGCAUCUGCGGCUAUGGUCUUCAGCGCACUGGGGGCGGCCUAUGGCACGGCUAAGAGCGGAACGGGCAUCGCUGCUAUGUCGGUGAUGCGUCCGGAGCUCAUCAUGAAGUCCAUCAUUCCUGUGGUCAUGGCGGGUAUCAUCGCCAUCUACGGGCUCGUGGUGGCGGUGCUCAUCGCCAACAACAUUUCAGAGAAAAUCACCCUCUACAAGAGUUUCCUCCACCUGGGUGCUGGGCUGAGCGUGGGGCUGAGUGGGCUGGCGGCUGGUUUCGCCAUCGGCAUUGUGGGCGAUGCAGGUGUUCGAGGGACGGCCCAGCAGCCCAGGCUCUUCGUGGGCAUGAUCCUCAUCCUGAUCUUUGCAGAGGUCCUGGGGCUCUACGGUCUUAUUGUGGCUCUCAUCCUCUCCACGAAAUAGAGAAAGAAAGAAAAGAGCAAAGUCCAUCUGUCCGUCCGUGUACGUCGAGUCAAUGCUACGUCAUCCAUUCCAUAUAUAAACAACUAAGAAAUAAAGAACAAAUUUGAGAGCAUGCCUUUACGCCUGGUUCCAAAUCGACUCCCUUUAGCCACUUCUUUCCUAGUGACACUACUUAGUCCUUUGUAGAUCUAUUAGGUUUGAAUAAGUGUUAGCAAUAUGGUAAUGGUAAAGCCACAAACCUACCUACAUUGCUUAUUCAUGCCUGUCAGAUCUACGAGGGAGGCAUCUUGAGGUGUUAAGGACUGUGUCUCAAAUGGCACCAUAUUCUUUACAUAGUGCACUACUUUUGACCAGAGUUAUAUGGGCUAUAGUGCUCUGCUCAAAAGUAGUCCGCUCAAUAGGGAAUAGGGUGCGAUUUGGGACACGGCAUGGGGUUGAUUUGAGAUUGGGCGUGAAGCGAAGAGUCUCCUAUUCCAGUCGUAUCUCUUUUCCUGUACAGUCGUCGUUGAGUCCACUAGCCAACCCCUUAUAAAUGCGCUUUGUAAAUGUAGUGACGCUUUUGUCCUGUGCGUGCUUGAGUAUCGGUUUACCUCCUUCCUCCCAAUUUCUUCUCAUUUGUGGGUCUGCUAAAUGGCUUUUAUUGUUCCUUUGUUUUGUUUUUUCUUUUAAUGUCCGAAGAACGGACUUUUGGACAAAUCAUUUUAUUUUUCUGGGGACCAUUUUCACAUUAAAGGACCUAACUAUUACGAGGACAUGGAUAACUAUUUUUUUGGUUUGGUUGUAUUUUCACAAAUUAUUUAUGAAGAUUUUGAAAUGUUAAUAAAACUGUUUUAUCGAGUUCCCAAUGA